CCUACAUUCCACGAACAUUAAGAAUACAAUAUAAACCACUAAAUGCACAUACUUCAAUCAAUUUUACUCCAUUGCUGCACAGUGGAUGAAUUGUGAAUUCUUGAGAUAGCUGAAGACCAUGGCAUUAACUACUCAAUCCAUCCUGGCAUAUUGUGCAUCUAUCACAGCCUUUAGUCUUAUUAGUGGUGCCUUUUCAUUCUACUAUGUGAAAGUUUUCAUGAAUUUUUAUCACAUUGAUGAGAAAUGGUUCCAGAUGUCUCAAGUGUUGUUUAUGAUCUGGAAUGCCAUCAAUGAUCCAUUAUUUGCAUACGUCCAGGAUAGUACAAAUUUAUCAUUUACAAAAACACGCAGAGAAAGUAUAAUGUAUUCUGGUCCUUUGUUUGCAUUGUCAUUCAUAAUACCAUGGAUACCAUGGGGACAUGGUACGUGGAUUGUUGGACUUCAUUUAAUUGUAGCCUUAUUUAUAUGGGAUACCAUGUUUACCUUCGUAGGAUUAGCAGUUUGUUCAUUAUUUUCUGAGCUUUCUAAAGACACCAAUGACAGAAUAACCUUAACAAGAUUUGCAGAGGUUGCUAGGUUGUUUGGAGGAACAAGUGUUCUGUUUCUAGAAUUCACCUCCAAUAGUCUUCACAAUUUCCUAGCUUUUCAGAUAACCACAGCAUUUUUAGCUCUGGUUUCAUGGACAUUGUUUAGAUACACCGGAAAAAAUGCUCACACUGAAUACGAUUUGAAAGAAAUGAAUUUAUCAGAAAAAAAAGAUGGAGAUAUUGAUAUAUCACAUGCGAAAACAAUGGACGAAUCUUACUGUAAACAGACAUGCCAGAUUUUAUCAGACAGAAAUUUUAUAUCAUUUGUCAUCACUAACUUUUUUCACCAAUUUCACAAUACAUUCCUCAGUAACUUUACAGCAAUCAUCUGUGAUCAGUUAAUCACAGAGAAUGAUAUUCCACUUAGUGUUAGAAAGACAUUCUAUGGUGCAACUACAAUUUCAGCAUCGGUGUUGGUGAUAUUUGGUGCACCAUUGAUUAGAAGAUAUUCCUAUUUUUCUGUGAUCAGGUGUAGUUACAUGUACACAGUUGUGGCUGGGAUUGUAAUGUAUGUUUGGGGAUGGAACAAACCAUGGCUUCUUAUGCUCUUUGUCUUGUUAGAUAGUUGUGUGACUUUUGCCUCAUUUUCUCUGUUUAAUAUGCCGUUAUCAGAUAUAGCAGACGACAACAUGACAAAGUACAAAAGGAAACAUCCGAUAUCAUCUAUGGUAUUUGGAACUAAUGCAUUAAUUACAAAGCCUGCAAUCUCAUUGACACCAAUGUUUGUUGUUGCCAUUUUGAAUCUCUAUGGUUACAGUGAAUUGAAAGACCAAAAAGGAGAAGGAUCUGAAGAACUUAGAACAGCUAUGUUUACCUUAGUCUGUUUUUACUCAGUUAUUAUAGGAACAAUUCAGUUUAUUUCAUGGUCAUUUUUCUCUAUUCGAGGAAACACUAACGCAACAUGUACAGAUUUUUGAGCUUUUUAAAUUGAAUAUAGAAAUAACAAACAUAACAAAGGGAUCCUGAGUCUGGUUAUGAUGAUUUCAUCUUUUAUGUGUUAGAAUUUGAAAUAAUAUAAUUACUGUAAAUUCAGAAAUUAUUGCAAUGUUUUUAUUAAUGUGAAAAAUGCGACAGUAUCAAGUUCACUAUAAUAAAUACUAGCAUUCAUAAAUUCAGCAGUGAUUUUCUUUCAUACAAUUUUUAUAAUCACAUUACUUUGAUUAAGCAUUAAUUUCUGUAAGUGUUCAUCAAUUUAUCAGUGUCUAUUUGGUGCAGCUCUUGAGCUUAUCUCACAGGCAGAGUCUUGUUGAGGCAUUGACACAGUUUGUUGGCUGUUGUCUAUCCAACAUUUUGUAUAUUUGUAUGAAUGGAAACAUAGUUGCUAGAAAUUAUUUUUGUAAAAUCUAUAUUUUUGACACUGCACACUAUUCAAUGAAUUUGUCAUUACAAGAAUGAAAUAAGAUCAGAUAUGUUCACCAAAUUUCAAAAAAGUUUUUAAAUGAAAAGGUAUGAUGUGUGGCUCAUUGCAUCAGAAAAUAAAAAGUAUUUUAAAGUUCUCAAAGAAAAAUAUUUCUAAGAUGUCUAACACGCAUAUUUUUUGUGUUUCACCUUUUUGCUAAGACUGAUGCUCAUAUUCAGAUGGGGAUCCAGGAUUUUGAAAAAUGGGGGGCCUGGGCCUCGAAAGUAGACAACAUUUGGAGUGGGACAUGUAUAAAGUCUAUGCAUUAGUCAUAUAUGUAGUUCUGUUAAGUUGGGGGCUGGGCCCCCCUAAAUCCGCCUCUGAUAUUUAAUUUUAACAAAAAAGCUAGAGAUUUUGAUGUCACAGUGACAUCACAGAAGAUAAUUCCAAAAGACUAUCAACAAAUAUAAAAAUAAGGAGAAGUGGUAUGAUUGCCAAUGAGACAACUAUCCACCAAAGUUCAAAUACAGUGGAUGUAAGCAAUUAUAAGCAACUGUACAGCCUUCAACAAUGAGAAAAACCCAUACCAUAUAGUCGGCUAUAAAAGGCUCCGACAUGAAAAAUAUGAAUCAAAUCAAUUGAGGAACCUACGGUCUAAUUUAUAACAAAACUAUUUAUGAAAAACAAAUAUGACAGACAUGAACCAGCGACAACCACUGAACUACAGGCUCCUGACUUGGGACAAGCACAUAAAGAAUGUGGCAGUAUUAAACAUGUUUGUGAGCGCUAAACCCUCUCCCUAACCUGGGACAGUAGUUUAACAGCACAACAUAAGAACAAACUAUAAAAAAUCAGUUGAAAUGGCUUAAGUAAACAUAUUUUGUAAAAGUUUAUUAUUAUUGCCUCUUUGACUCAUUUGUCGUCUGUGACUAUAACAGUAUUCUUAUUGUUGAAGUGUUAGGUUUUAGUGUUAACUGUUGUUAGUCCAUAGCAUACACCUAAUUGAUUGGUCUUGUUUCUGUAUUGUCCUCUAAUUUACCAUUAUUGAUCCCCCUAAAUACAUUGAUAGUUUCAUAUAUUUUUUGCCUGUUAUUUGUUAUUAAUAUAUAUAAUUAUACUCCAUUUACGCAACAUAACUCUCAGACCUUGAAGUUGGCACAGUUAUGUAGAUUAUUGGGAAUGUUUGUUGAAUUUUAAGGACAAUCAUGUGAUUUUUUAUGAUUUUUUUUGUCUUGCCUGCAACAAAAGUUACUGCUUGAGAAAAAAAGGGAUAUUUAUACCUGUGGCCUUGAGGGAUUAAACUAUUUGAAUACAGCUUUAUAUUUAUUUUUAUUUAGAUCUGGAUACUUCAUAUCUUGUAUCCAGAUCCUGAAGUUUCCGUCUGGCAUAUGUCCAUUGUCCUUGACCUCAUUUUUCAGGUUCAGGGAAUGCUUGAAAAAACUGUGUAGUUUUUUUCUCACUUAUUGUGAGUGAUAGGACAACUAUAUUUGGUAUAUAGGAUCAUUGCAAGAUAUACAUGUCCGUCAGACAGGGUUCACCUGACUUUGACCUCAUUUCAUGCUCCUAUAAACAAAAGGUCAACUAUAAUUGGUGUAUGGAAUGAUUGUAAGGAUUACAUGUUCCUGCAAGGUUCAUCUGACCUUGACCUCAUUUUUAUGGUAGGUCAGUGUUAAGUUUUCCUGGUAAGUUUUGUUUCUCAGACUGUAAAUCAUUGUUUUACUAUAUAAGGUGUAUGGAGUGAUUGUAAGGUAAACAUGUUUGUCUGGCAGGGUUCAUCUGACCUUGACCCCAAUUUCAUAGUUCACCGGUCAGAUUUAACAAUUAAGCUUUCAUGGUUAGGUUAGUUUCUCAGACACCCCAAGGGUUGAUUCUGGUAUAGACAUAUGGUCAUCCCUUGGACAUGUUGGACUUCUUGUUCCUGCAGUAAAACCCUUGGUUUGAAUUGCCACGUUACAUCUAAUGCCUAGUGUAGAAAGUGAGCCACAUCCUCUGCACCUUAAAGAACCCUUGCUAGAACUCUAUGAACGGUCCUAUGGUGGCCUGUUGCAAAGUAACAUUCUGUCCUUGUCCAACAUACCUUCACUAUACAAUGGCAGUCCAAAGUUUCCGUCCUUCAUCCCAGUUUAGUUUUGAAACCUGUAGUAAAACCCUGACCUUAAAGAAGUUCAAUAUAGAAUUAAUCAUGAUCAGUAAAGCGGGCAAGAUAUAUUAGCAUGUGUACUCUUGACUAGUUUUAUUGUGCAAUACAUAUAUAACUGGGGUUAAACUCAUUUAUUUUUAUUGUAAUUUAUUAAUGUACAUGUUUUCGUAGAAAUUAUAUUUUUUAUUUUAAUAUGGCGUGCAAUUUUGAUCUAUUAUGAUUUAAUUUUUAUUUCAUUUUGCCCUCAUAGAGGGUUGUUUUUACUUAUAAGAUAAUUUAUUAUGUUGUUGAAAUAUUCACAUUAUUUUGAUAUGCAUACUGAUACAGCUAUGAUACAAAUGACAAUGGUUUCAUGUUUAAUGGAAAUAAAGAUUAUGGAUAAGACAAUUUCCUGUUGAUUCAAUUUUUUGUACAAAAACAGUUAAAUUUUCAUAGAUACCUAUAUUGAAAAAUAAUGUUUAUCUUUAAUGGAACAAGUCAUUUAAAAUCUAUUUUUUUUUUAACAGUCUUCCAUCUUUUGAUAUUGAUGACUUUUUUAUUAACUGAACAGUUAUAUAAUUUUGUAUCUUAAUAUUCACACUGAGAUAAUAUAUUCAUUCCAAGGGUGUAUAUAAAAACUAAGUUGUUGAAAAGAAUGAGAUUUCUGGAAAAAUGAAUCACACUUAGGAAUGAAGGAAGUCUCUUUAAAAAAAUUAAUGUUGAUAAAAAAAAAACCUAAUAUUUUAUUGUUAAUAUUUUUUUUCAUACAUUUUUACCUAUGUGUAGUGAAGAUUAACUAAUAGCUUAAAAUGUGACAUUCAAUGGCUGCAUUUUUCUUAGAUGUUUAAAAUAUUUAAGAUCUGAUAAAAGUUGAAAAAAUAGAUUGAUGAUAAAAAAUACUGUGGUAUUUGAAGUAAACAAAAUACUGAAAUGUUUACUAGUACCUUAUUUGUUUGAGGAGUCUCUUUUCAACUGCUCUGAAAUCAAUGAUUAUCCAAAAUCCAAAUGCUACCCACAGGAAUCACUUUAAAUGUUGAAUAAUUUUGAUGAAUUUCAAGACAAUAGGCCACUUUCGAGUUCGUUGCAUUUCCGUCAAAAACUUUGGUUUUAGUGAACAUCACUGUGUGUUUAGGGGCAUCGUCAUUUCCUUCCCAUGUUGAGGGAGUGGUUGAAAAAUAUGAUGCUAUAUUGCACGAAUUAUUCAGCAAAUUAAUUUCUUAUAAUUGAUAAUCAGCACUGCUGUCAUUAGGGAAUUGUGAUCAAGUACCUAUGGAACAAACAUUAUUUUGAGUUUAUCCUGCAUAAUGAUGAUCACGAAGAUGCUUGAUGAACUUUAAUAGUGCAGGGAUACAGGUGGGCCCCUCUAUCUGGUAAAUGACGUCAUAAAGGCGCGCAUAAUUGGCAAACCUUUUACGGUGAAGGACAUUACUCGAAAGUGGUCUAUUAGGUUAUAGUAUUAUUAGAAUUAUGUUGGUUCUGUUUCGUCUCCAAACACAAAACUUUAUGAUUAUUUUCAGAGUUACAGUGGAAAUGAUUUUUGUUAAGUGUGUCUUAUUUUAAGUCAACUUUUCACUGAAUACUUGUAUGCAAGCUAGACUUUUUCUUGUGGUCACAAUGGGUUUACACUUAUCGUAAUAAUAAUAUCUGUUUUUGAUUAUAUUUAUAUGUUUUUUGUUAUAACUUCUAAUGUCAUACACAUUAUUUUUGCUGUUGAUAUUUUAUUUUUUGGAUUAAAAUCUAUAAAUUUUAA